AUGAAAACUGAAAAUCCAAUAUUGUCUAUCAGACCCAUGAAAGAGUCCUCAGUAGAAAAAUGUGUCUCGGAAGAGUUUGAAGCAGGGGGUCACAAAUGGAGCCUGUCCAUAUACCCAACUGGGAACUUAAAAGAAGAUGGGCAAGAUCAUGUUUCUAUUUAUUUGGUGCUUAUGAAUCCAAGUUCUUCACCUCUUGAUUGGGAGGUCAACGCCAAUGUAAAUUUUUCUGUGUAUAAUUUUCUCAACGAUGAGUUUGUUGCCACUCAAGAUACAACAAUAAGGCGUUUCCAUGUCCUGAAAACUGAGUGUGGUAUCCAAAAAUUCGUUGACAUUGACACAUUUAAGGACCCUUCAAAUGGAUAUCUGAUUGGCGAUACCUGUGUGUUUGGUGUUGAGGUUUUCGUUGUCAAGACCAUGAAUAAAGACGAUUGCUUAUCAAUGAUACAUGAACCUGUCACUCAUUCUUAUACCUGUCCUAAGUUCUCCAAUUCGAGUUCAUCAUGGGAGUACAAACAGCUUGUGGCCUUGGCAAAAUUUAAAAACUCAAAUAGUGGUUUCUUGGUGAACGAUAGCUGCAUCCUCGAAGCUGAAUUUAAAGUUCUUGCCGUAAUUGCGUACAAAAUUGAUUAA